UUUUAGGAUUAUGUGCAAAAAUGAAAGAUCAAGGCCAAGAGCAAGGAGAUCACAACCAUGAAGAAAUGGUGUGAAGCUGAGCUCAAAAUCUCAGCCUCCACUGCCAAGAUCACGACCGCGAAGUCUGGAGCCAAGGGUGCAAACUUCAGAAGCAGCCACCAAGGGAGGACCAGAGAGUUUCGACAGUCGAAUCCCAGAUCUUGUUGUCUAUGCACAUGAUAAAGAUCAAGACCUUGAUGUGAGGCCCCAAACUCACAAUCCCGCAAUGCAUAAAUUUGCAACCUCUUCUCUAAGGAUCACGACCAAGAUCUUCCCCUGUUUAACCGAGCACUUUCCCAACAGCCUGAACUCUAUAAAUAGGGGAUCCCUUCCCCUUAACAAUGGAGCUAAAAUCACUUGGAAAAAUUCUAGUUUGAGAGAAAUGUUAGAGAGAGAAGCUGAAGGAAGGAGAAGAAUGAGGAGCCAAGAUAGGUGUAACCUAUAGGAAGGGUCUAGAAUGCAUCCCUAGUAUCGGGAACUUGAUCGAUGUGACAAUGGAUCAAGGAAUCGUGCUAGGAGGGGGGCUAGUUGCAUGAAUAUUGAGCUAGUCCCAAUUUAGUGAGUCCCGCAUCUUAUUUUAUCAAACCCGACGUAAUUAACCAUUUGCAUGAUAGACCUAAAUACAGAGCGAGGGUGAUACCCCGGUGUACCUGCUUUUAUCUUUGCUUUCUCCACCAGUGAUUUCCAUUUGACCUCCAAAACAACCCUAAACCAAACAACUAGAUAACAUGAGAAGUAGCUUAGGGUAUCAAAACCCGUGGAAUACGACUUUGGUCGACAACUAUAUUGACAAUGUCGUCUUGAGUUAUAGUUGGCUCAAGAUGGUUUAGUUAAUACAUGCCUUUCAAUCUAUUUAAUAACCAGAUAGGGUCACACCAUGUUCUUGGCAUCGUUGGCGGGAAACCUCGAUAACUACUUGAAAAUCAUAUAUUUGUUAGUUUAGUCUUACUUUUCCGUUUAUAUAUAUAUAUAUAUAUAUAUAUAUAUAUUAGUUUUAUCUUGUCUUUUUUUAUUCCACUUUGUUCAUCACGGUUGUUAAAGGUUGUGUGUUUCAAGUAGACCGACUCGAGCAUUUUUUUAUGGACAAUCAUGAAUUGAAUAUCGUUCUUAGAAGUUCAAUCUAUUUCCUUUCCCAAGGUCCUCGAUUUCGAGAAAAAGGAGGAUGAAUGCGUCAUUAAACACUUAAGGAAUGUCAUGAGCUUUGUCAACACCAUGAGAAUAUCAUGAUGUGAUCAAAAUCAUAUCAACAGUUUCAUGUUUACCUAAGUUUCAUGUUUACCGAUUCUCUGAAGGAAGAACUAGCCAAGGGGUACAAGGAGCUCAUGACUUCGAAUUUUACCUCUUGAGUUGAAACCAUGGAGAGCUUUGUAUUCAUCUACCACAUCGAUUCAAUGUCCACUAUCCCUCGUAAGGACAUUCUGGCCUUCCAACAAGAAGUUGAAGAAAGCUUCCACAAAGCUUAGGGAAGAUUCAAUGCUACGAUUCAUCAAUUUUCGAGGCAUGAACAUCCUGAGAGCCUCCUCAACUAAAGAUUUUUUAACGGACUUCAUGAAAAGUUCAAGGAGAUAAUUAGAAGAAAGUACCCUUGUGUUUACAAUACAAUGAUCCAGAGCAAGGCAAGGAGUUAUGCAAGCAAAUCAAGGUAGAAGUGGCAAGAUCAAAAUGCGAAAUGGAAUUUGAACUCCAAAUCAAGGAGGCCGAGGACAAGUUAAACAAACUUUUAGAAGAGGAAAGCUUUCAAAAUGCCAAUGCGUGUGGAGCAAGCUUUUGAUCUAAACACGGUGGGGGUACAAACCACUCCAAUUAAUCCCCUAAACCUUAAGGCAAUCCUUAUUUCAGCCUACUUGAAGAACCUUGUGGCUCUUUCCAAUAGUUGAAACGUCAUUUAGAUCAUUUGGAGGAGCGUGUUUUGGAUUGGGUCUCUAUUUUCCAUCACAUGAUGAAUCAUUUUGAUCGAUUCAUGCAAGCUUCCAUCACCAAUAUGAAUUCUCUUAAGGCAGAGCAUAAGGUAGUGUCAGAUAUUAUGAAGACAAUGCCAUCCUCCCUUGGAGCUUUGGAGAAGAUCAUAAUCGAUAAAAGGGAAGAACAAGGAUCUCCAAAAUUUAGAGGGGAACACUGUGAGGUGACAAUUCCGACACCGAGUAAAGCUACCAAGAGUGAGUUAAUAAUUGUGCCGAAUCAAAUAGAUUUUGAUCCUGGUGUAAAGUUUGACCAGAAAAAAAGUAAGAAGUCGCUUAAGAGGUAGCACUUACAUUUCCUUCCAUUGGAAAAGGCUCUAAGAUUUCCAAAUUCGUCAAGCGCAUUGAGCACUUAGUGUCUACUAAAUGGAAAUUCGACGAAGCCCCUAUUGUAGAGAAUGGCCAGAUCUGCCAUGUUUUUACUCGACAUGAGACUCCAGUUAAAAGGGAUAACCCUUGCCUAUUUUUCAUACCAUGCUAUAUUCGAGGAGUCAUAAUCAAAGAUGUCAUGGUCGACCUCUUUGCCUACCUUGGUGUGAUGAGACUAAAGUUAUAUAGGGAAUUGAGAUUGCAAGAGCUAAGGCCAACGAAUAUGGCCAUGCGAUUGGCGGAUCGAACAAUAGUCUACCAUGUGGGAAUUAUUGAAUAUCACUGGUGAGAGUUGGGUCUUACACCUACCCGGUGGAUUUCGCGGUACUACACACUGAAGAAGAAGAGAUAACCCACAUCCUACUCAGGAAAAAAUUUGUAGAAACCGCUUGAGCGGCAAUCAAAGUCCCAAAAAGAAGGGUCAUCACUGAAUUUGGUGACAAAUAGUUAGUUAUCAAACUCUCUAAUGAUAGACGAGGAGUUUCUUCGACAUUCACUUCCUAUGAGAGAACAUCACCACAAAAAAAUUAAGUUUCUCUAGAGUUACCUAUACUUGAUAUGGGCCCUUUAACAACCAAGAAUGCAUGUAGUGAGACAUCUAAGGAAGGGAGAAAGAUGUCCAAGCUAGAUCUCGAUGGAGCAUCCAAUGAGGUUACAACUACCCGUCCCUAUAUCAAAUCAUCUAUGAGCACUUCCAUGGAGCAAGACAAUGUAAGAAGAUUGCCCUUACACCCAUUGAAGGAGGAAGGAAGCAGAAGACUACAUGGUCUACACCUCGGACUCAACCACAAGAGUGUGUAUGAUGAUAAUAAUGACAAACUUGGAUGCACUACCACCUUCUAGUUAACCCACCUUGGAGAGUCUGGCGAUAAGACAUUAAAGACGCACUUGUUGGGAGGUACCCCAAAGUUUCGGUUUGAUUUCUUUCCUUUUCUUUUUAUAUAUCUUCGUUGUAGAAUUCCUAGUUAAUAUAGGAUGUUUUAUCCCUAUGCUUUUAGUUCUCAUGACAAGGAAUUAGUUCUCAACUCAAUCCAUAGCCUUAUGCAUGUAAACUUUUAGAAGUUGAGGGUCAGGGCAGUCAAUGUAACAUCCCGAACCUAUUCCCGAGCAAGAUAUUGACCGCUUUGGGCCUCUACCUCACAGAUUUCGACUUGUGGUGCAAUUUAGGAUGACUUCCCAUAAGGUACCCCAUCCUUGUUGUAAUCCACACUGAGCACGUUUAACUUUGGAGUUCUCACAAGAACUCCUCCAUUUCACCCUAAAACGCGUCUUGUCAGUUAAGGUCGGUUUCCUACUUAUGAACCAUGGAUCUCUCCCAUGUUUUGUCGAUGUGGGAUUCGCCCAAGGUGUUAUAUACACCCCCUUGGGAAUCAACUUCCUCGUUGAGGGUUGCCCCACCAUUGUUCAAGAGGGACGCGGAGAGGCUCUGAUACCACUUGUAACAUCCCGAACCUAUUUCCGAGCGGCGAGCAAGAUAUUGUCCGCUUUGGGUCUCGACCCUCACAAAUUUCGACUUGGGGUGCAAUUUAGGGUGACUUCUAUUAGAGUAUGUGUAGUACGAGUAGUAUUAUGCUAUACUACGAGUACUUUUAUGUAAUUGUUCAGAGUUAUAUUCAUAAUCAGAGUCGCAUUAGUGUUAGGGUUAUUAUAGAAGCCAGUCUUUGUAUUAUAUAUAAACCCCAUGUGGUGUUAGUAAUAAUACACAACAGUUUGCACCGUAUUCUGAUUUCCCAACAUGGUAUCAGAGCCUGAUUCAAAAACCUAAUUGAAAAACCCUAAUCUUCCUUCCUAUCCCGCCGCCAACAUGACUCCAGAGUCACCGGGAACAUGAUAACUCCAGCCAUCCAAUCUUUUUGUCUAUUUCUCCUUACCCGCCAGUAAUAUGUUCUCCUUCAUCUCGUUAUUGCUUUGUUUGUUCCUUGGAGUAGCUUUGUGAUUUUUUAGUUUGGUGGUUAACUUCGACGUCAAGAAUUCUGUCCCGGAAUAAUUACUCCCCGGUCAUCGCUUCGCUUGAUCUGCUGUGUCGCAUGGUCGGCCAUACCGAGACCUGUAUCAUCAUGAAAAAAGCUUCUCGUCAGCUGUCCGUCUCCAAAUCACUACUUCUUGGUUCGUAUCUGCUAUAUAUAGUUGCUUUGUUUUUGGUUCGGAGGCUUUAUUGCGGCUUCUAUAUAGCCUUUAUUCUUGGAUCCGUCAAGUUUGGUAUACAGCAGUGUGAUUUUGGUUUUUUGGGCCAAAGUAAAGGAACCAACUAUUAGUUGGUUGCUUUGCUUCGCUUGAUUAAUUAGUUGCAGUGGAGAUCAAAGAAGUGCUUUACCUUCAUUGCAAACUGGGUGAAGUUUAUUUGUCACGUGAGUUCAGGUUGCAGUUCGGAUUGGAAAGCGUGGGUUGGUGAAUAUGAAGUAAUUUGAUUGUUUGGUCAUGGUGGAGAUUGCAACGGUUUUCACCUGGAGUCGUUGAAGUCCGUCUCGGUUUGGUACAACCAUAGCUUUCGUCCCUGUGGUUGCUUUGUUUUGAUUUUGAAGGUGUUGUUCGGAACACCUUGGUUGAAGAUGUUGUUCGGAACAUCUUAAUUUGAUAAAUGUUGUUUGGAGCAUUUUUGUUCGGAACAUCUUAAUUUGAUAAAUGCUGUUUGGAGCAUUUUUGGUUUCGUCUCGGUUUGGUACAACCAUAGGUUUCGUCCCUGUGGUUGCUUUGUAUCGAUUUUAAAGGUGUUGUUCGGAACACCUUGGUUGAAGAUGUUGUCCGCUCUAAUACCAUGUCAAGAACCAGUUGAUCCCAAUUACUCGAGUUGUUGGGAGAGGUUCAACCGUGGAUCAUAUACGAUUUACUAACACACCCCCUCAAACGAAAGCCACUAUAUAUGGGCUUGAAGUUUGCACAGGCAUCAGACACCAUGUGCUUAACAGAAACAAAUGGGGGUCACUGGGAUUCGAACAUAAGACCUCACGGUCACAGAAGGCUCUGAUACCAUGUCAAGAACCAGUUGUUCCCAAUAACUCGAGUUGAUUGCAAGGGUUUUCAGCUGGAGUCGUUGAAGUCCAUCUCGGUUUGGCAUAACCAUAGGUUUCGUCCCUGUGGUUGCUUUGUUUCGGUCAUGGAGGUUUUGUUCGGAACAUAUUAGAGCAUGUGUAGUACAAGUAGUAUUAUGUUAUACUACGAGUACUGUUAUGUAAUUGGUCAGAGUUAUAUUCCUAAUCAGAGUCGCAUUAGUGUUAGGGUUAUUAUAGAAGUCUGUCUUUGUACUCUAUAUCAACCCCAUGUGGUGUUAGUAAUAAUACACAACAGUUUACACCGUAUUAUGAUUUACUAACAUGGUAUCAAACCGGGGUGCUCAAUUAGUACGAUGUUGUCCGAUUUGGGGUGCUAUAUAAACCCCAUGUGGUGUUAGUAAUAAUACACAACAAUUUGCACCGUAUUCUGAUUUACUAACAUGGUAUCAAACCUGGGUGCUCAAUUAGUACAAUAUUGUCCGCCUUGGGCCAAGCCCGCACGGUUAUACUCUUGGGUGUCCUCCCCAAAAGGCCUCGUACUAAUUGGGCUAGGUGGACUCUAAUAUACAAGGGUUCCUUCCCUUGUAUUUCCGAUGUGGUACUUGGAUUGUACCCUAACAAUCCUCCCUCAAGACAAGGACCACGAAUUUCUUGACCUCACCUCAACGAUUAUCUUGGUCCACCAGACACCUUUUUUUCAGACUUGGAACUCUCUUUGAUCCGCCAAACAUCCCAAACGUGGAUCUCCCUUGGAUCCACCAAACCAGACGCAGAUCUCAAAUCCCGAGGUCACCGAAUGAGGGUCCCACGAAACUGACAUCCACCUCCCCGAACCGAAUCAGGCUCUGAUACCACUUGUCAAACACCGGGGUGCUCAAUUAGUACGAUAUUGUCCGCUUUGGGCCAAGCCCGCACGGUUUUACUCUUCAGAUGGAGUCGUUGAAGCCCGUCUCGAUUUGGUACAGCCAUAGGUUUCGUCCCUAUGGUUGCUUUGUUUCAAUUUUGAAUUGGAACACCUUGGUUGAAGAUGUUGUUCGGAACAUCUGAAUUUGAUAAAUGCUGUUUGGAGCAUUUUUGGUUUCGUUUAUGUUUCGAUGAUGCUAUUCAGAGCAUCCUGAUCGCCAUGAUGUUUUUUGGAGCACGUGGUUCUAUUAGUUCGACGAACUAUACGACUUUUGCAAAACCUUUUGUUAUCUCCAGCUUAUCACCAUCGACGUUUCAUGAAGCAUUGGACAUGGUCUUCAUCGACAUCGGCAUAUUUGGUGGAGCAGUUAUGUUUUUCAUUGUUUUUUUCAGUCACAUUGUUCGUAGUAAUUUGUGUCGUUUUUGUUUCGGUUUUCAAAUUGUUGGUAAGUAAUUACCGUCAAUUUGGGGGAGGGUAUUAGAGUAUGUGUAGUACGAGUAGUAUUAUGUUAUACUACGAGUACUGUUAUGUAAUUGGUCAGAGUUAUAUUCCUAAUCAGAGUCGCAUUAGUGUUAGGGUUAUUAUAGAAGUCAGUCUUUGUACUCUAUAUAAACCCCAUGUGGUGUUAGAAAUAAUACACAACAGUUUGCACCGUAUUCUGAUUUCCCAACAACUCCCCAUAAGGUCACCCAUCCUUGUUGUACUCCACACUGAGCACGUUUAACUUUGGAGUUCUCACAAGAACUCCUCAAUUUCACCCCAAAACGCGUCUUGUCGGUUAAGGCCGGUUUUCUACUUAUGAAACAUGGAUCUCUCCCGUGCUUUGUAGAUGUUGGAUUCACCUACGGUGUUAUAGUCAAAGAUCGUAGUUAUGGUGGUUAAGUUUGCGGCUGCAAUCUAGCGAGGCUAGCCCACAAUCUUGACCAUCCUCGGGUUUUAAAUACCCAGGUUUGACCAGCUUGUGCAUUCUUCUUUUCCCCUCAAAUUUUAGCUCUUAUUUUUGUAUAGCAUUCCUCCAUUAUAAUUCUCUCUCCCAAACCUUAGCAUGCCACCCAAGUAAGCGAUUCAUGCCACCCAAUACUUGGGAUUUUUGCUGGGAUCCGAUUUUCCAACUUUUGGAAUAGUCUAAGAGAGUUCUUGACAGAGAAAGUGAUGAAUAAUAGCCAUGGAGCUAAUUCGAGUCACCUAAGACAAUUGGAACUCGAUCCUUCACGUUCGGAGUAUCAAUUGAUCACCUUAGAAGAUUUCAUUCACUCACACGAUGAUCUCCACCACUAGCAUUGUGUUUCUCUCUUUCUCCAUGGAGUAAACCCAUGCCUUCCACUUGGGUAUAAAGAACCCUAGAUCGAGAUGUUAGGAAUAGUUGUAUGAAGCCAUAUUCAUGACAUUUGAUGAUUAUAUAUUCAAUUGAGGCACUAAUCAAAAUUAUAUGAGUCUUUAUCACGUUUGUAUGAUUUCUGCUUUAACUUAGAACGAUAGUCUCUGAGUAAAUCAAUCGAGCAACCUAAAUUGGAAGUAGUGGAUCAAUCGUACGAGAGUCAAUUGAUCCACUGCUAUGUACUGGAGUCAAAAUCUAGUAGAGGAAGUUUGUUUUAAUUGCCUUGGUAGUUUAGUUUGGUGGAGGAUAGUAUCCCGUGGGGUGUUCUAUUCAAGAGGAUCUGGAGAACUUUAGUGAUACUCCAGAUUAUUUAAAGACUUUAUGCAAUAUAAAUGACAAUUGAAUAGGAUUGGAUGAAUUACAACUUGGCCUAAGUGCAGACUAGGGGACGCUUACCUGAGUGUUCUUUCUCAAACUUGGAAAUAAGAACAUUUACAUGCUUUUAUUUCUGCUUUGCAUGCAACAAACUUCUCUACACUUUGACCUCUAGAUAAUAGAGAAUUCAUUGAGUAGUCAGUACAUCUAGGACCUAGAAGGAAGAGAUGAGAGGUCAAGCAAAGGUUGUUACUAUGUCGACAUAUCAACCCUCUUGAAUUAGACUGAUGCCACCUUCGAGUGACAAUCGACAUCAAAAUAUGCGCCAUUAGGCUCGUUUCCUCUUUUCUGGCCGCUGCUUCAUGUGGUGCCCUGAAGUAUUCUUUUCAAUCUAUGAAUGUCUAGGAAACCCUCCCCAUGGUCGACUAUGUACCUGAGUUGCGUAGGUGUGUGAACCCUAGGGGUUCUAACCAUAUAAACUCGUUGAUUUGGCUUAUGAUUGUUCUUAUUCAUAUGUUUGAUGCUUGAUUUCCUCUAUUUCGUUAUUUGCUUAUUCAAAUGAUUUCUUAGUCGAUCUUGCGCUCCUUCGAGGUGCAAGACUCAAAAUCUUAGUCAUUUAGGAUGAGUAUAGAAAUAGCAGUUCUACUAGAUCAAACCUCAUUUGAUCAAACGGCGUGGCACCUCAAUGAAGUAAUUCGAAUGACCCUUGUCGCCCAUUAGUUCGGAUAAAUGCUUCAACACAAGGUGGGAUCUAACGAAAUAAGAAAUUGAAAGCUCGUAUACUCUGAUCAUCGAGGGCACGUGCUUAGGAUACCUAGGGGGAACAUUGCCUAUGCAACACUUUCCUUCUAUGCUCUUUCACUUCUCCCGUAGCAUAGAUUUACUUUUUUGCAUUUUCUUUACAUUUCGAACACUUACGUUCUGCAAAACCGGAGGAACCUCAACCAGCUAAACCGACCUCUUCUUAAAUAGAAAUGUACCUUGCUUCCGAAGCCGCAAUAGGCCCAAGGGAAUACUAUCCUAGCCUUAGGGCCAGGUAAAUUUGGUGUACAUUACAUGAAAAAUCACUGUUAUUCAUAAAGGCACUAAAUAGUUAAUGUGCCAUCCUUACUUUCUUGUUUGAUUUAUUAGUUUAAUGAUAUAAAGAAAAAGUAUGUAUUAGCUAGUUAUAGGUCUUUGUGCAUGUGGUAAAGCUCGAUUAGGAAUGCUUUAGUAGAAGGGAUAAGGUUACAUGAUAGAAAAUGCAUCGAUACAUACCAUUAUUCAGAUUGAGAUGUAUGAUCAUCUAGGAUGAACUAUCUUAUCAAUUGUGUAUCCUUUACUCCACUUUUUAUUGAGUUUAUGCUUUACUUUAUGUUGUAUCUCGAAAAUCACUAUUCCUAGGGAACCGCAACAUAUUGAUUUAUUUUGUGUCUUUAUUAGUAUUAGUAGCAACAGUAGCAAUAGUUCCUCAUCGCAUCCCAAUUAGAGGGUGAUUCACAUUAGUAACCACUCAGUUUCGGCCUGCUACCAUUCAAAGGUCGGUUAUCCACAUGUUGUGGCCCCUCCAUAUUGGGUGAGGUAUAGGUAGGCGGAAAAAGCGCUAAAAGAAACUCCCCUACUUGCCUGCUCCAAGACAAAAACAAAAAUUUCAAGUUGCUACAACCCCAAAUAAAAAUACAAAAAAGAGAAUAAAAGUUUUGGAGUAAGUGGAGAAUAAAACUGUUACAAUAUG